AUGGAGCUGGGCCUCUCUGAGCUGGAUCUAUUUGAGCUGGGCUUCUCUGAGCUGGGCCUCUCUGAGCUGGAUCUAUUUGAGCUGGGCUUCUCUGAGCUGGGCCUCUCUGAGCUGGAUCUAUCUGAGCUGGGCCUCUCUGAGCUGGGCCUCUCUGAGCUGGGCCUCUCUGAACUGGAUCUAUCUGAGCUGGGCCUCUCUGAGCGCUACGCUGCGAUCCCAUCUGCCCGCCUCCCCCCAUCUGCCCGCCUCCCCCCAUCUGCCCGCCUCCCCCAUCUGCCCGCCUCCCCCCAUCUGCCCGCCUCCCCCAUCUGCCCGCCGCCCCCAUCUGCCCGCCGCCCCCAUCUGCCCGCCUCCCCCAUCUGCCCGCCUCCCCCCAUCUGCCCGCCUCCCCCAUCUGCCCGCCUCCCCCCAUCUGCCCGCCUCCCCCAUCUGCCCGCCUCCCCCCAUCUGCCCAACCUCCCCCAUCUGCCCAACCUCCCCCAUCUGCCCGCCUCCCCCAUCUGCCCAACCUCCCCCAUCUGCCCGCCUCCCCCCAUCUGCCCAACCUCCCCCAUCUGCCCGCCUCCCCCAUCUGCCCGCCUCCCCCCAUCUGCCCAACCUCCCCCAUCUGCCCGCCUCCCCCAUCUGCCCAACCUCCCCCAUCUGCCCAACCUCCCCCAUCUGCCCGCCUCCCCCAUCUGCCCAACCUCCCCCAUCUGCCCAACCUCCCCCCAUCUGCCCAACCUCCCCCAUCUGCCCGCCUCCCCCAUCUGCCCAACCUCCCCCAUCUGCCCAACCUCCCCCAUCUGCCCAACCUCCCCCAUCUGCCCAACCUCCCCCAUCUGCCCGCCUCCCCCCAUCUGCCCAACCUCCCCCAUCUGCCCAACCUCCCCCAUCUGCCCAACCUCCCCCAUCUGCCCAACCUCCCCCCCAUCUGCCCAACCUCCCCCAUCUGCCCAACCUCCCCCAUCUGCCCAACCUCCCCCAUCUGCCCAACCUCCCCCAUCUGCCCAACCUCCCCCAUCUGCCCGCCUCCCCCAUCUGCCCAACCUCCCCCAUCUGCCCAACCUCCCCCAUCUGCCCAACCUCUCCCCAUCUGCCCAACCUCCCCCAUCUGCCCGCCUCCCCCAUCUGCCCGCAGAAAUGCGGGAUGAAGAGUUUCAGCUAGAGAUUCCACCCACCCAUUUGUCAGAGGAGGGAUAUCACCGUGUCCCUCUGUUUAACACCUCAUUCCCCAUGCAGUUUAACACCUCAUUCCCCGUGCAGUUUAACACCUCAUUCCCCAUGCAGUUUAACACCUCAUUCCCCAUGCAGUUUAACACCUCAUUCCCCAUGCAGUUGAACACCUCAUUCCCCAUGCAGUUGAACACCUCAUUCCCCAUGCAGUUUUGUAACACCUCGUUCCCCAUGCAGUUUAGCACCUCAUUCCCCAUGCAGUUUAGCACCUCAUUCCCCAUGCAGUUUAACACCUCAUUCCCCAUGCAGUUUAGCACCUCAUUCCCCAUGCAGUUUAACACCUCGUUCCCCAUGCAGUGUAACACCUCAUUCCCCGUGCAGUUUAACACCUCAUUCCCCAUGCAGUUUAACACCUCAUUCCCCGUGCAGUUUAACACCUCAUUCCCCAUGCAGUUUAACACCUCAUUCCCCAUGCAGUUUUGUAACACCUCGUUCCCCAUGCAGUUUAACACCUCAUUCCCCAUGCAGUUUAACACCUCGUUCCCCAUGCAGUUUUGUAACACCUCAUUCCCCGUGCAGUUUAACACCUCAUUCCCCAUGCAGUUUAACACCUCAUUCCCCGUGCAGUUUAACACCUCAUUCCCCGUGCAGUUUAACACCUCAUUCCCCAUGCAGUUUAACACCUCAUUCCCCAUGCAGUUUAACACCUCAUUCCCCAUGCAGUUUAACACCUCAUUCCCCGUGCAGUUUAACACCUCAUUCCCCGUGCAGUUUAGCACCUCAUUCCCCAUGCAGUUUAACACCUCAUUCCCCAUGCAGUUUAGCACCUCAUUCCCCAUGCAGUUUAACACCUCAUUCCCCAUGCAGUUUAACACCUCAUUCCCCAUGCAGUUUAACACCUCAUUCCCCAUGCAGUUUAGCACCUCAUUCCCCAUGCAGUUGUAA